AUGAUUAUGCAUGGGGAUUUGUAUAUAAAUAGCCCGGUUUCCUUAAUCACAGCUCAUUCGGAACAGACGGCUACAGGUCAGCAAUCUAGGAUAAAGUUCAUCAUCAGCAUGGACUAUUACAAGAUCCUAGGUAUCUCCCAAGAUGCUUCAAUGGAAGAUAUUAAAAGAGCUUACCGGAAAAUGGCACUUAGAUACCAUCCAGAUAAAAAUAAAUCAUCGGAUGCAGAGGAAAGGUUUAAAGCCAUCUCGCAAGCUUACGAAAUAUUGAGCGAUGUGAAAAAGCGGGAGUGUUACGAUCAACAUGUGAAAGGUAAAAUGGAGGAUGAGGAGGUACCUAAGGAGGGUAAUAAUAAAACUCGCUUCACAUAUACCUCUACCCAUACUAGCGAUCCCAAAACCAUUUUCCAUCAGUUCUUCGGCACCCACGGUAAUUUUAAUCACUUCUUUAAUAACUCUGACGACGACGAUGAUGAUGAUGAUGAUAUUCGUAUGAUGUGGAGAGGCAUCAGUAGGCAUCGAAUGGGAGGUUUCAACUGUAAUCACAAACACUAUCACAGGGGGGGAAGGCAUCAUCAUCAUCAUCAUCAUCAUCAUCAUCAUCAGGAUCCUCCAAUCUACCGGGACCUGUACGUGACCCUCGAAGAAAUAGCUCAAGGAGUGAUCAAAAAGAUGAAAAUCACGCGGAGUGUGUUUAGCGAUGAUGGAAAAUAUACCACCAGGAGAGAAGAGAAAAUAUUGAGCAUUAACAUUAUGCCCGGUACGAAGGAUGGUUUUGAGAUCAAAUUCGAAAGAAUGGGAGACGAGUCGCCUGGCAAGGUCCCGGCUGAUAUCAUUUUCGUUAUUAGGGAAAAGCCUCACCCGGCAUUUAAGAGAGACGAUACUAAUUUGAUCUACUCGGUCAAAAUCCCCCUCAGAGACGCCUGGUGUGGUACCAGCGUGUCUGUCCCUACUCUGGAAGGCCAAAGGGUCACACUCGAUUUCAAAAAUAUAAUUAUCACACCUCAGACGAAGAAGAUACUCUCAGGAUAUGGUCUACCUUUUCUUGACAACCCUUCCAGAAAGGGUAAUAUCAUUGUUCAUUUUGACAUCCAAAUUCCAGAUUUAUUGCUAGAAAACGUCAGAAAUAAUCUUUUCAAAUUAUUGCCGAUAGUCGUUAAUGCAUUAUUAUUAUUAUUUAAAAUAAUAAUAAUAAUAAUAAUAAUGAAAUUUAUCACGUUCCCAAACACCAGAGAGUCUUAA